AUGCUCGCAACGUACGGGACGACAACAACAGAGGAUCCGCGGGUGACCACUGCGCUGCCGUUUGAUCGCUACGCUCGCGACUCGAUUGCAUCGCGGGCGUACGCCGGCUCGCCGGCGGUGCGCGCUGCCGACCGGGCGCGGCGGCAGAGAGUGGCGGACGCGGCAGGUCAGCUGCCGACGUCGGCGUCGACGAGGCGGCCGACCGGAGUGAGCCUCGGCCCCGAGGCUGCAGCAGAGAGCGUGAGGAGCGAGUCGCGGGGCGGCAUCGCGCGCUCGGUGAUGCGCAGCCAGUAUUAUGGGACAGAUCCGCUGUCGCAGCUCGGAGGGAGUGGUGGCGCGCGGUGGGCGCGCGACUCGAUCGCCGCCCAGCCAGUGCCGGUGUUGGGAAGCGGCGCGUCAGAGGUCGGCGCGGCGCGGCGGCGGACGCUGGAGCAGUACUACGGCACACACACGACUGAGAUGCGCGAGCAUGAGCAGCUUUAA